AUGCAUAUGUUACUGCCAUGCAACUGCAUCAUCAUCACAAAUUACUUUGUUGUCUCAUUGGCCGUUGCUGAUAUGUUGGUAGCAUUGUGUGCGAUGACAUUCAAUGCUUCCGUUGAAAUAUCUGGAAAAUGGAUGUUUGGUACGGUGAUGUGCGAUAUGUGGAACAGCUUCGAUGUGUAUUUCUCUACGGCAAGCAUAAUGCAUUUGUGUUGCAUAUCGGUUGAUAGAUACUAUGCCAUCGUACAACCUUUGGACUAUCCUUUAAUAAUGACGCACAGGCGGGUCUUCUUCAUGCUGCUGAUGGUAUGGCUGUCGCCAGCACUACUCUCCUUUCUGCCAAUUUGCUCCGGUUGGUAUACGACAACCGAGAAUUGGAGAUAUCUAAAAUCGAAUCCACAUGUCUGUGAAUUUAAAGUGAACAAAGCCUACGCCAUUGUCAGUUCGUCCAUGAGUUUCUGGAUUCCAGGCAUUGUCAUGCUAUCCAUGUAUUAUCGCAUUUAUCUUGAGGCGGACAGACAGGAACGCUUAGUGUACAGGUCGAAAGUUGCUGCUUUAUUGCUAGACAAGCAUUUACAGAUAAGCCAAAUACCCAAACCACGUCCAAGUAUACAAGUCGAACAGUCGACCAUCUCAACCAUGAGACGGGAACGUAAAGCCGCACGUACCCUAGGCAUUAUAAUGAGCGCGUUUUUGCUCUGUUGGCUGCCAUUUUUCUUGUGGUACAUCACUUCCACCCUCUGCGAUACUUGCACAACGCCACGCAUCGUCGUCGGAAUUCUCUUCUGGAUUGGAUACUUUAAUUCGGCUUUAAAUCCCAUAAUUUAUGCCUACUUCAAUAGGGAUUUUCGAGCCGCUUUCAAAAAAACAUUAAAGUCCUGUACCCUAGUGAAAGGAACAUUGUCAUCAAUUACAGAAUCAGUGGGUAAGUUCUAA